AUGGGAUCAGAUGAAGGUAUGGCCAUCGCGCCAGUAGAGGAGAAGAGUGGCAAUGGGGGAACACAUUCUUGUGGUGCCAGUGGGCAUUCUGGGGAUGAUGUUGAGAAGAAGGGUGCAUCUGAAUUUCCUCAGCUCCAGAGACGGCUGAAAAGUAGGCAUUUGCAGAUGAUUGCUAUAGGUGGCACUAUUGGAACUGGGCUCUUCAUUGGGUCUGGAGGAGCUCUUUCUAAAGCUGGACCUGCUGGAGCUCUUAUUGCCUAUAUUUUUGUGGGGACUAUCGUCUACUCAGUCAUACAGUCGCUCGGAGAGAUGGCGACGUACAUUCCCAUCGCUGGAGCUUUUACGUCUUACGCUACCCGAUUCGUGGAUCCGAGUUUAGGGUUUUCCAUGGGCUGGAUUUAUUGGUUCUCUUGGGCAAUGACGUACGCUUUGGAACUUACAGCCACGGGACUCAUUAUUCAGUACUGGAAUAAGGAUCUUUCCAUUGGCAUUUUCAUUGGGGUAUUUUGGGUGGCCGUUACCCUCGCCAACUUCCUCCCGGUGAGCUUCUACGGAGAGUUCGAGUUCUGGUUCGCAAGUAUCAAGAUCGUGACUAUCGUCGGCUUUCUCAUCUUUGCCAUUUGUAUCGAUGCUGGAGCUGGUCAACAUGGCUAUCUUGGAUUCCAUACCUGGGGUAACCCUGGCGCAUUCGCGCCCUACCUCAUUACAGAUAAUGAGGCUCUCGCCAAGUUCGUCGGCUUCUGGGCAGUGUUGAUCCAGGCUGGCUUUUCGUACCAAGGUACCGAGCUUGUUGGUAUUGCCGCCGGCGAGACGGAGAACCCGCGGAAGGCUGUCCCAGCUGCUAUCAAAAAGACCUUUUACAGGAUCUUGUUCUUCUUCGUCUUCUCCAUCUUCUUCAUCGGCCUCCUGGUUCCGUAUGACAAUCCAGACCUCCUUUCUUCAGCAUCGGACGCCACCGCAUCACCCUUCGUCAUCGCCGCCAAACUGGCGGGUGUCAAAGUCCUGCCCGGUCUCAUCAACGCCGUGCUCUUAUUUGUUGUCCUGUCUGCAGCAAAUGCCAACGUCUAUUCCGGCAGUCGUAUCCUGGUUGCUCUCGCCCGAGACGGCGCCGCACCGGCAAUUCUGGGGCGCACAGCUAAGAACGGAGUUCCUUACGUCGCAGUAGUAUUCACAGCAGUCUUCGGACUCCUUGCAUUUUUGAAUCUUUCGCAUAGUGGCGGUACGGUGUUUAACUGGUUGCAAAACAUCACUGCUGUGGCUGGAUUCAUCACCUGGGCUUGCAUCAACGGAUGUCACAUUGCCUUUAUGCGUGCUCUGGCCGUGCGAAACAUUUCUCGCGACAGCUUGCCUUACAAGUCGAUGUGGCAGCCGUUCUUUGCAUGGUACGGGUUAUUUUUCAACGUGUUGAUUAUCAUUACCCAAGGAUUCGAGAGUUUCAUCCCCUGGAAUACGUCGAGUUUUUUCGCAGCGUAUGUCAGUGUGAUUCUCUUUGUUGUAGCUUAUGUGGGACAUAAAGUGGUAACGCGUGCGAGAUUUGUAUCAAGUGCAGAGGCGGAUAUUGAUACGGGGUGUUUGAUUCAUGAGACGACGAAUUGGAGUAUUCAGGAGCCGACUACUAUGUGGGGGAAGUUUUGGGCGUGGUUGUCUUAA